AUGGAUCUCAGGUUUGCUGCCUCGGCCGACGACGACGUGCCCCCUAUCCCAGCUCGUCACCACUUCCACCUCGCCCAGAGAGAUCCUAGAGAUCCUACAGACCCUCGAGACCCUCGAGACCCUCGAGAUCAUCACUCGCGCGCUUCUCGUCGACGCUCACCUCAGCGAAUCCCACACGCCAGCAUCCCUCCCGCUUCCCCCGAAGUCAUAUCAAACCUCAUUACCAGCCUCAGCGCCAUCUCUCAACCAGCCAGCAGUCACUUCGAAUCGCACCCCGCUGCCAUCAACUUUACCUUACCCACGAAACCCGUCAGCCCAAGCACUGGCAGCUUUGGCGUCGACUACGGCGCCUAUAGUCGUAAUCGUUCUGAGCCCGAAAACCCUUCCCAAGAUCCUACAUCCCUUGACAAUCUAGCUGCGAGCCCCCCUAUUGUUCGUACCUCCAAACCAACAAGCGGAUAUUCGCCAUUGACCGGUGCAAAGAGUCCGCCCACCCGGAGUCCCAGCCGUGAGAGCGGAUCUGGUUUUCGGUCCUUCAUUCGCAGCAGCAGCGCAGCUUCGCGUCCAUCAUCUCCAGGCUCUGCUACCUCCAAGAACGAUGACGCACACAGCAUAGGCAACCUGUCCAUAGAACGCGGCUCCGCGCCUACCCCAGAGCUGAAGCAUCAUCGAUCACAUGAUAGCUGGGGCAAGAGAGCUGGCCGGAGCACCAAGGGACUUAUGUACAUGAGCUCCAAGGAGCGUCUUCGAGAACGAGAAUUCGAACGAAAACGACUGCCGAGACGUUCUGUCAGUCAGAGCGAACCGCCCAGUGGGGGACACUCCGGCAGCAUGGGUAAUGGGGCUAGGCCAGACCCCUUCCUCGCCGAGACUGCUAUCAGUGAAGAGCCUGGAUCCCACAGUGAUAACCCUGGGGUGAAUGAUCCAAAGGCGACGUUGGGCAGCCCACAGCCAAUUCCUACUCGAGACUCGAGCUUGAGAAAGUCGAGAACACAACCAAAACGAUCAAGCGCAAGGCGAUCGAAACAAGACUAUGACACAUCAACGGGUGUAGCCAUUUUAGAGGCAGAGGAACAUGGUGACAGCCGCGAUUUACCACUGCGGCACCAUAAACGCACAGGCUCAGACACAGGCACCCAAGAAAAGUCCUUCUUACUUGGUCCAGAUGAAUACCCAGCAUCACCUGUGUCGGCAUCUAAAGCCACUCGACCUCUUCCAGAUUUUGGCAUGGAUGCCAUCAAUUACAACGAUGACGGUGCGCCGUUUCCUGCAGUGGCACAGAGACGAAAGGAAGAACACAGCGCCGAACGAAGCAGUAGUCGGUUGUCUGGCCGGUUGAGCCCCGGACCAAAGGAAGCUUUGCGACUCAAGCGCAGUAGCUCAAAACUCAAGCGGUUAUCUGGACAAUUUAGUCCUCGUAGUGAAUCUAGAGCCAGUGCGGCUGCAUCUCCCGAACCCACCCAACAACCUCAACAGGCUUACCCGGCCGGUUACGAACGACCUGGAUCUGCCGAUUCCGUGGAUGACGCUGUGGAAUCCUACCUCUGCUCCCCACGGCUUUCCCAGAAGAUUCGACAUCCUCAGACUGGCCGAGUGAUUUCCUUCUCUGAAGUUGGCGAUGCAAGUGGAUCGGCUGUCUUUUGCUGUGUUGGUAUGGGCCUGACAAGGUACAUCACGGCAUUUUAUGACGAGCUGGCAUUGACCUUGAAGCUCCGCUUGAUUACCCCGGAUCGUCCAGGUGUUGGAGAUAGUGAGCCUUAUGCGGAUGGGACGACGACACCUCUGAGCUGGCCUGACGACGUGUAUGCCAUCUGCCAGGCGUUGAAGAUAACCAAGUUUUCGAUUCUUGCCCACUCCGCCGGCGCAAUUUAUGCUCUUGCAACGGCAUUACGAAUGCCCCAGCAUAUCCGCGGCCGAAUUCACUUGUUGGCGCCGUGGAUUCCCCCUUCUCAAAUGAACGUAUUUGGUGGAUCUCAAACAAUGCCCCCAACUAAUGCCAUUCCCACGUCGCAAAAGAUAUUACGUGCUUUGCCAACACCUCUCUUGAAGGCAGCUAAUAGCAGUUUCAUGACGGCAACAAGCAGCUCCAUCACCAGCUCUCUGCCCAAGAACCCGCGGCGGACAAAACGCAAGUCGAAUACACAGGGCAAAGAUGGCAACAGUACCGCAAACCGCAAUAUCACACCGAUGCAAGACAAGGAGAAUAUCAAUAACACGCCACAAAGGAAAGACAUAUCGGAAAGUGGUAACACCGAGAAUGGGUGUAAUUCACCGAAUGUCAGCGAGCAUAUGGACCAGAUUCAGCCCGUCGGUGGUAACGGUGUAAAUCGAGGCUCGGCAAUAGCUGAGUCCACGAUUGAUGCAAUGGCCGACAAGGAACGUCAAAUGACUUACGAUACUCGACUUACUCACGCCAUCUGGGAGCUGGCGACCACGGGCGCCAACCCUGCUGUUGACCUUUUGGUGUGUCUUGAGCGACGGCACACUAUUGGAUUUCGUUAUGUCGACAUCACAAGGCCGGUGGUGAUCCACCAUGGCAGCAGAGACACUCGUGUCCCUGUCGAGAACGUAAAAUGGCUCGGCAAGACGAUGCGUCGCUGCGAGGUGCGUGUUCUCGAGGGCGAGGGACACGGGUUGAUGGCCAGCGCGACAGUCAUGGGCUCUGUCCUGAUGGAAAUGAGCAAAGAGUGGGAAGACUGGAUGCGCGUCACUGGCGCUGACGGACGGAAGGACCGCGAAAGAGGACGACGAGGGACACUUGUUCGGUAA